AAAUUGCAUGCGGGCGUUGCAACAGAUAUGUGCCUCAUUGUUGCCAAAGAUAUUGUGAAUUUCCCAGUAUCAGCGAUCCGUCUUACUGGUACAAUUGAUGUCUACUGGAUUGUUCAGGAUGGUGGAUUAUGUAUACUUGUUGCUUAUUUGCUUAAACAGAGCAAGGUACGUAUAGUGUAUCUCAUAAUUCCCAUAUUGCUGUAA